GUACAAACUGACAGUGCAGCCCCUUCAGUUGAAGUGUUCUGAUCUCCAUUCACCGCUAUGUUACGACGAGGUUCGGAACUUGUCGUGGUACUAAUUGUCACACUGUCGAACCGCAGUUUUCAAAAAGCAAUCAGCAAUACAGCGGGGCCUUUCCGCAUAAUACCUCGCUACGUGACCCAUUGCCCACCCGCUUUGCAGCCUGCGAAGCCUCUCGAUUUCUACGUGAUGCAAACACGCGACCGGCAUGACCCAGAUCUCUGGUACUACAGUGGCAACUUUACGACCCUGUUCACGUGGACGAAUGACCAGGACGUUGACAUUAACUUUGCUUCGUGGAGCAGCCGCGGUGGCUGGAAGGAGAACGCAUACAUUUUUAGAGUAAAGCACUACUGCUCGGCCUUCAAGACCUACGCGCCUCAAGCCUGGCGGAAAAUCAUGGUGGCGGUCAAUGGUGACGCCGACGCUGACUGUCCGUGGCCGCCGGGCGUAUACCAUGUCCGAAACAUGUCAACGGACUUCCGAAUUCGUGCCAUGCCGGCCUUUUACUACGGCAAAUGGCGCCUCACAUUGCGACUUAUGGAGAACCACUAUCAAGACACGCUCGGGUGUUUCGUGGCGUACGCCGACACUGUGCCCAGAGGCGGAUUGUAA